UAAUUUUUUUUUAUCUAGAUUCUUUCAUGAACAAUAAAUAACACUUCUCUCUCUCUCUCUCUCUCUCUCUCUCUCUCUCUCUCUCUCUCUCUCUCUCUCUCUCUCUCUGUGUAUGUCUGUCUGUGCAGAGAGAUUAUAGAUUAUCGCUGUCCACCAGUCUUGCCACCCCAUGUUCCCACUCCUCCAAAAUCUCUCCGAUCCCCUCCAUAGCCUCUCCAUUUUCACCAUCAACAAAAUCACAUACACUCAAACACAUAUUACUGCGUGAAUGAUAUAUAUAAUAAUAAUUAGAACCCUUCAUAUAUAAACAAACCUCGGUUUAAUUAGUGUUAAUCAAUCAAUAACAACAAUGGCCUUCAUCCCAGAAUCCAUGUUCCGUAACCACGACGACCACACCCAUUUUCCGACAUCAUCACCUAAUUGCGCUCCUCAAGAUUUCCAAGGUGUGACGGAGUACCUGAUGAGGAGAUCGAUGUCGUUAACGGGUGGUGGGGGUAUGGAUCGGGGCGAAGAAUACCAGCAGGAUGAUGACGUGUCAGACGAUGGUUCGCAGAUGAUGAUGCUGGGCGAGAAGAAGAGGAGAUUGAACAUGGAGCAGGUGAAGGCACUCGAGAAGAGCUUCGAAUUGGGUAACAAAUUAGAGCCCGAAAGAAAAGUACAGCUGGCUCGGGCUUUGGGCCUUCAGCCCAGACAAGUUGCUAUUUGGUUUCAGAACAGAAGGGCCCGUUGGAAAACCAAGCAAUUAGAGAAGGAUUACGAUGUCUUGAAACGCCAGUUUGAUGCACUUAAGUCUGAUAAUGAUUCUCUCAAGUCUCACAACAAGAAGCUUCAAACACAGUUAGUGUGUCUGAAAGCAGCGAGAGAGUCAACGGUGGGGAUAAUAAACCUGAACAAAGACAACGAGGGUUCGAAUUGGAGCAAUGGGAGUGAGAAUAGCUCCGAAGUCAACCUUAACAAAACAUCUUCCACCACAGACACUACUUUGUUCUUCCCUAAUCAUCAUCAGAACAACAACAACAACAAAAACGGCGCCGUUUACCCGCCGGCAAUUAGCCCUAAUUUCACACAGCUUCUCCACAUGAGCUCAUCAAGGCCCGCGGCGGCGGCGGAUCAUAUCCAACCGCCGCCAGUUUCGAACGAGUGCUUCGGCACGAUGUUCGGCGGCAUUGAAGAAACUCAGGAGUUUUGGCCGUGGCCGGCCGAACAGCAGAAUUUCCAUUGAUCCAAACCAAAUACGGCGGUGGUGGUGGUGGCGGCGGCGGUUAAAAGUAAAAUUUUACGAAUUUCUCUUAUUAUUAUUAUAUUAUUAUUAUUUUUCGCUUUUUUUAUAUUUGUUUUUUUUUUUGGGAGUAAGACAUUUUAUAUAGAUAUAAAAUUCCCACACUGUGUAUUUUUUUAAAUAAUUGUUGGAAAUAAAUAAAAAAAUGAUGAAUAAUAUUUUAUUAUUAUUAAU